AAGUGAGUGAGUUGGCCUGCCAAAUAUUGAACAUGGGUCGGUCUGGAAAAGGAUCUGCAAUCUGCACCAUAAAAUACCUUUUCCUAAUUUUCAACACCAUAAUAUGGGUACUUGGAUGUGGAGUGUUUGCAGUUGGAAUAUGGAUGCAAGCAAAUAGGGAUUCCUUUUCAGUAGUGUUGCCGAGUUACAGUUUCUUGACUGCAGCUUCAUUAGUGAUAAUAACAGGAACCAUAACUCUUGUCAUAGGCUUUGUGGGCUGUUGUGGUGCUUUAAUUGAGAAUAAAUGCAUGAUGGUGGUUUACUUCAUUUUCGUCCUGAUUAUAUUUGGACUAGAGGUUGCAGCUACAGCAUUGAUAUUAUCAUACCAAACGGAUAUCAAAACAGCAAUAAAGGAAGAAAUGUUAUACAGCCUGGAGUACAGUUCUGACCCACAAGUUCAGUCGGAGAAGAGGGAAGGAAUUGUACAGCUCAUUGAUACCAUACAAAGAGAUCUACAGUGCUGUGGUGUUAAUAACUACACAGAUUGGUAUGACAUUGGAGACAGGGGUAAACAAGUCCGGCCCUCUUGUUGUGUAGACCCUUCACCAGGCUGUGAACAAUCCCAGAGCUAUGUAUGGAACACAAAGGGUUGUAUGGAUGAAAUAGAGUAUUUAUUUUCCAAGAACAUGCAGUACAUUGGGAUAGCUGGUUUAUGUGUGGCAGUUGUACAGAUAUUGAUGAUGGCAGCCUGUAUAAUGUUGUUCUGCAACAUGAGAGAUAAAUCUAAAUAUUGAUAUAAAAACUGGUGUUAAAGCCAUUAGUAAAGAACAAGUAGUCCAAAUGUAUACCAAAGACAGUUUUGAUAGCUGGUCAGUCUCUGUGUUGUACCUGUGCUGCUCCACAUCAUCAGAAAUUUCAGCGGCUCCAGUUAUAUCUGGUUUUCUCCUUCAAUGUUCACGCUUUCCACUUUUAAUAUAGAUAGCUUUUCUAUGACGUAUUUUGUCUCGGAGUUAUAUUAUUCCCCUUGGCCGCCAUCUUGUAGGUCAAAGUAGUGAAUUUUCCUCUUUGAGCAACCAAUUUUAAACAUGCAUGCCAGAAAUAUAUGGGGAAAAUAUUUUCAGUAUUGAGAUUAUGAAUUAAAAGAAGCUUUAACAAACGUACAUUCAUAAGAAAAACAGUGUUAUCUUCACCUCAGUGCCCAGUAUAAAAAAAAUUGAACUUGGUUGAAUAAUGAAGGGAUCUGGGGAUGUUGACCUACAAUACGGCGGCCAUGGGGAAAUAACUCUUGCUUAAAUCACCUCGAUGGAAAACCAUCAUUUGCAAAUUUUGGGUAAACAAAUGUUCAUAUUGAAUAAUGCAUAUAGUAUUAUUGUAUCUGCCAAAUGCUGUCAUGCCAUUUUGCACUCUCUGCUUGGUUAAUUUAAAGUCAGAGGAAAGUAUUUAUGAAAUUUUGAUAAUUUCAUGUUACAUUUUUUUAUAAGAAGUGUUUUGAAAACAUUUCAUGCUAGUCUGCAGCUAGAGUGAACAUCAAGGAGCUCAUAAAGUGCACCCUCAUAAAUAGAAGUAGACAAAUAUUUUAAGUUCAUUGUUUUCAUCUCCCACAACCACAAUGAUAUAGAGGCAAUUUCUUUUAGACAACUUGGUUAAUUUUUCUAAAAAUUUACUAUAUUCUCCCAAAUGCUUUUAAGAUUUUUAAAAUACUUCCCCAAAUGGACGAGAAUGAAAAUGACUGCUUCUAAAAUCACGGUGAAAAACACUGAAAAGAGAACAAAGAAUUAUACAAGCUGUUCUGUUAGACUGUUACUGGUGUAAAUUCUUCAAACAUCUCUUUGUUGUAUAUGAAGUAAAGGGAUUUACAUUGCAAACUGCCAAAUAUUUUUUUUUUGUGUCAUAACAAUUUUAUUCAAGUGGACUGUUGUUUAUUUUAUGUUUGUGAGUAAUAUUUUACUUUUUAUAUGUAUUAUUAGAAUUUAUUAACAUUCAUAUAAAUGUUUACGUGUGGUACUGUUAAUUUUUUGUAUUGUUGAUGUCUACAGAAGAAAUUGACAAAAUCUGACAUUUUUGCUGUAACACUUUACCUAAAGUUAUCUUUUUCAACAUGUUUCUACAUGCACAUGAUUGAAUCAUUGACUCUGAUUUUAAUGAGACUGUUUGAAAGUAAGAUUUCAUUUUGUUUCUGGUCACACACGCAUGAAAUUGACAAUGUUUUCUGAAUAUGCCAUAUUUUUACUCUGUAACUACUGAAAAUGGUCAUAUACAUCGCUCUGUAUAAUUUUUAUAUUAUUUGUUGACCUUGUAUUUUAUUACCUCAAUAAAUACUGCUGACACAAAUUAA